CCUAUUUAAGGCCCUGCCUUGUCCAAUGGCUACAAGCAAAGCAGUUACUAGGUAAGAAUCGUAAACGAUGUCGCGAGGACAAAGAAGAGCGAUGCUCACGUCUCUCCUUGUAGCCAUCCUGCUCCACCUCGCCGGCGGCAGCCCUCCUCCGGAGCCGGUGGCCUGCACUCACGGCGCGUCCAACUGCACGGUCACCAACUCGGUCGGCUCCUUCCCGGACCGCAUCGUCUGCCGCGCGGGCAGCGUCACCUACCCGCGCAACGAGCAGGAGCUCGUCGGGGCCGUGGCAGCCGCGGCGUCCGCGAAGCGCAAGAUGAAGGUGGCCACGAGGUACUCGCACAGCAUCCCCAAGCUGGCGUGCCCCGGCGGCCACGACGGCGCCAUCAUAAGCACGGUGCGGCUCAACCGGACGGUGCGCAUCGACGCGGAGAAGGGGCUCAUGACGGUGGAGAGCGGCAUGGUCCUCCGCGACCUGGUCGAGGCGGCCGGCGCGGCGGGGCUGUCGCUGCCGAACUCGCCGUACUGGUACGGCCUGACCAUCGGGGGCCUGCUGUCGACGGGCGCGCACGGGAGCUCGCUGUGGGGCAAGGGCGGCGCGGCGCACGAGUACGUGGUCGGGAUGAGGAUCGUGACGCCGGCGCCGGCCAGCCAGGGUUACGCCGUGGUGAGGGAGCUCGGCGCCGAUCACCCGGACCUGGACGCGGCCAAGGUCAGCCUCGGCGUCCUCGGCGUCGUCUCGCAGGUCACCCUGGCCCUGCAGCCGCUGUUCAAGCGGUCGGUGACGUUCGUGACGCGCGACGACUCGGACUUCGCGGAGCAGGUGGCCGCGUGGGGCGGCCUCCACGAGUUCGGCGACAUGGCCUGGCUGCCGCAGCAGCGCAAGGUCGUCUACCGCGAGGACAACCGCGUGGACGCCUCGUCGCCGGGCGACGGCCUCUGGGACUCGCUCCUUGGCCGCUCCAUCCCCACGCGCCUUCUAAUCAACGGCAGAGCCGCCGAGGAGCGGCUGCAGGAGAGCAGCAGCAGCAAUGACACCGCUCUGUGCGCGGCGGGGCGGCUGCAGGCGGACUCGCUGGCGCGGCAGGCCUACGGCUACACGAACGACGGCGCCAACUUCACCGGGUACCCGGUGGUGGGGUACCAGCACCGCAUCCAGGCGUCCGGCACGUGCAUCAACAGCCCGGAGGACGGCCUCAACACCAGCUGCCCCUGGGACCUGCGUAUCCGGGGCUCCUUCUCCCACAACACCGACUUCAGCGUCGCGCUCUCCAAGGCGCCGGCGUUCGUGGCGGAGAUGCAGCGGCUCCGGGACCUCAACCCGGACAUGUUCUGCGCGGGCAUCGACACCAGGUUCGGCGUGCUCAUCCGCUACGUCAAGGCGUCCUCCGCCUACCUGGGCAAGCCCGAGGACUCGGUCGACUUCGACAUCGUUUCCUACCGGAGCCGCACCGACGGCAUGCCGCGCGCGCACGGCGACGUGGUGGACGAGAUCGAGCAGAUGGCGCUGCGCAAGUACGGCGGGCUGCCGCACUGGGGGAAGAACCGCAACUUCGCCUUCGACGGUGCCAUCGCGAAGUACCCGAAAGCUGGUGAGUUCCUCAGGGUGAAGGACAGGUAUGACCCCGACGGGCUCUUCUCCAGCGAGUGGAGCGACCAGGUGCUCGGCAUCGACGGGAGCCCCAACAUCGUCAAGGACCGCUGCGGCGUGGAAGGACUGUGUGUUUGCUCCGAUGAUUCGCAUUGUGCGCCCGAGCAAGGCUACUUGUGCCGUCCAGGAAAGGUGCACGACCAGGCGAGGGUUUGCUCCACAAGUGUUAACCCGUGACCUCGCUUCUCAUGAUUCUGCGCAACCAACCGCACUAGGGUGAACUUGUGCAUUUAUUAGAGCGAAAACGUAUCAUUUAAUAUAUUGCAUUUGUCCUUGUCUUUGUAUCUGCAAGGCUUUUGAUUUUUGUCUUGGUCAUCUAAAUAAACUUUCAAGUUUAUAUA